AUGGACAGUCCACUUGCUUCCCCAACCAAGGCACGUCAAGCCGCCAUUCAAGCCAAAGACUGGGCAUAUGUGAAUUCUUGGUUAAACCGCCACUACGCGCCGAAUCCAAUUCCCAAGUUCGAGCGAAAUGAAGAUACUCUACGGACAUUGCUAGCGUUGGCUGCGGCCAACGAAGCAGCAGACGAGGAGGCAGCGAUGCUCCACCAUGCUCGCGAGCAGACAAUCGAGGGGUUCAAGGCUCGAGAAAAAAUAGAGGAAAUGCAGAAGGUGGAAAUUCUCGAUGAAUUGGAACACUGCCUAGAUGAAACUGGAGCUGGCAACCUCGAAGACCUUGCAGAAACUGUUGCCGUCUUGGGCACUCUGGGAACGAAAACAAAUGACGUCGGCCAGUCUAUAAUCGAACUUACGAAGGAAGAGUUUGAAGCGCAAGAGCAAAUGAGAAGGGUCCAAAGCUUACAUGGAUAUCUUGAAAGGGAACUUAUUACUCUGGGGGAACAACUUGAUGAACUCAAGUCGGACCCUGCGUUCGAGACGCCCACCAAUCUUCCAGCGCUUACAUCUGAAUGGAGUCGGAGUACUAAGUUGCUUAAUUCCAAGAUCAAUGAGUACCAGGAUAGAACCGCAGCUUUGGAGCGGAAUAGCAACAAAGGAGCCACCCUUGAGAAAGUCAUGUUGGAAGAGGAAAAGGUCAGCCGGAUGAUAGAGUCGAUCGAAAGUCUCGAAAUCAAGAUCAAAAUGUUUCACGAUCUUCCUAAGGAUAAAUCUGGCGCACGAGCCAAGUAUCAGGACCUAGAAAGGGAGCUGAACCAACUCACUCAGGAGCGCGACUCUAUGUUCGAAAACCUGGUGGACCGAUGA